UCAAGGCUACAACAACAAUCCACUGCAUAAAACUCUUGAAGAUGGGUUCUCUUCAACUCUUAUAUCAGUGCAUUUUUGUGAGAUGCUGUGCAAAAAUUAAGACAAAAAAAAAAAGAAAAUCAUCUUCUAUAACACCUCUAAACAGCAGCUGCCAGCAACGGAGUGAGGAACAAGUGACGCAUCAAACAGCAAUUUUACCGAGCUCUGAGAGAAAGCAGACAGCAUUGGAUCGACACCAGCAACUGCACUGCAGUCUCAUAUAAACCACUUUGGCAAUAACCGACUGUCUGUAUACCCUGGACAAACACUCCAUGUCUGACAAAAACACUCACAAAAAAAUCGAUUGCAUGUCCCUUGUGUAAACAGCAGAGAUUCGGUCACAUGACUGUAGAUCAUGACUGAGUUGUGCCAAAAGCCCCAACCCCCCCACCCCAGCUGAAAAUAGGACGUAUGUGAAAAGGACAUUUUGUGACAAGGGACAAUCCGGCUGCAGGGAGCAGCCUGUUGCCAGCAUUCCUGUGUGUGUUUCCUUCAGUUUGACCUUAGCUCGAGUGAUUACCCAGCGGAGGAAGUAGUCACACUGUAUCGGCUGAGAACACUACCACCAUUUUUGGUCACAUUGGGCUUCUGGUCAUUGCCAGUCAGUACACUAAACUACACUGAGCACAGCGCAGAAGAUUAAGGCGAGAUUGAAAAUUUGAGAGAUUGUGAUAGCCUAACUGAGGCUAACCUUGACACAAUCUAAGACAAACACCUUCUUGGUUAACUAUGAACGGUACCACAGUAAAUCAGUCAGACUGCCCCGAAGUGAAGGUCCCCGUUGCUCUCUUCUUCACCAUCGGUGUAGUGAGCCUGGCCGAGAACCUGCUGGUUGUGGUUGCUGUCAUACGGAACAGGAACCUCCACUCGCCCAUGUACUGCUUCAUCUGCAGCCUGGCGGCUUUCAACACCAUCGCCAGCCUCACCAAAACCUUUGAGAACCUGAUGAUCGUGUUUGCCGACGUGGGACAUCUGGAGAAGAAAGGUUCCUCGGAGAGGAAUCUGGACGAUGUGAUGGACUCCCUGCUGUGUAUGUCGUUUGUGGGAUCCAUUUUCAGUUUCCUGGCUAUUGCUGUGGAGCGUUACAUCACCAUCUUCCAUGCUCUUCGAUACCACAACAUCAUGACAAUACGGCGCACAGGAGCCAUCUUGGGUGUCAUCUGGACAACAUGUGGGGUGUCAGCCGUGCUCAUGGUGAGGUUCUUUGCCUCCAAGGUCAUCAUGAUCUGCUUUGUUGUCUUCUUCGUCGUCUCCUUGGUGAUUAUCUGCUUCCUCUACGUCUACAUGCUCAUGCUGGCACGCAUCCAUGCCAGGAAAAUCGCUGCUCUGCCCACCAGCGGCGGGGGGAAGUGUCGGCGUCAGCGGUGGAGGGGCAGCAGCAUGAGAGGGGCCCUGACUCUCACCAUCCUGUUUGGGGCAUUCGUGGUGUGUUGGGCGCCGUUUUUCCUCCACCUCAUCAUCAUCAUGGUGUGCCCCAUGAACCCGUACUGUGAGUGUUACCGAUCGCUGUUCGAGCUGCAUGUGGUGCUGUUGAUGAGCCACGCCCUCAUCGACCCGGCCAUCUACGCCUUCCGCAGCGCUGAGCUCAGACACACCUUCAGGAAGAUGCUGCUUUGUUCAGACUGGAAGCGGUGCUCAUAGAGAAAAUCUAUUUACACCACAGAAAGCACACUGUUUCUCUUUAUAUUGCAUAUAUUUAUACCUGGGAGUCAACAAUCCAUAGAUCUGUACUGCACCUGAACAGCUGUGGGUGGCCAAGGGCAUCCUGCAGCAAAUAGUUCACUUUCUUCAGUCAAAUUUUCCCACCAGGUAUUUGAAGCCAGCUACAUCAGGGCUACC